GGGAUGAGCCUCCCCCGCCCCGCGAACGGCCAUCUUGCAGGCUGAGGCGGCGGCGGCGCUGCGGCGGUUCGGUGGCUUCCGUCCCGGCGCGGUGCGGCUCUCCGGCGCGGGCCACGCUCUUCCUUCCCUGCUCCGGCCUCGACCACGGCGAGCCUGAGCGCGGCGGCGGCCCACGCGCGGCGACGGGGAGAGCAAAAUGCACUUUCACGUGCCCCGUCUGUGGGGUUUGCACGAACCUGAGACAUGCUUCACGGGGUGUGUCCGUGCCGGAGGCUGCAGGGGCUGUGCGACCGCUGACUGAGGCACAGGAGGGGCCCGUCGGGAGCCCUUCCUUCCCGUGAGCCGAGUAGUUGAGUCGUAAAGAUGAGCAGCAACAGCAAUAAAAGAGCUCCAACGACAGCGACCCAGCGGCUGAAACAGGACUAUCUUCGAAUUAAGAAGGACCCGGUGCCUUAUAUCUGUGCUGAGCCCCUCCCUUCCAAUAUUCUUGAAUGGCACUAUGUGGUCCGAGGCCCAGAGAUGACUCCGUAUGAAGGUGGCUAUUAUCAUGGAAAACUAGUUUUUCCCAGAGAAUUUCCUUUUAAACCUCCUAGUAUUUAUAUGAUCACGCCCAAUGGAAGAUUUAAGUGCAAUACGAGGCUGUGUCUUUCCAUCACGGAUUUCCACCCAGACACGUGGAACCCGGCCUGGUCCGUCUCCACCAUCCUGACGGGGCUCCUUAGCUUCAUGGUGGAGAAGGGCCCCACCCUGGGCAGCAUAGAGACAUCGGACUUCACGAAAAGACAACUGGCUGCACAAAGUUUAGCAUUUAAUUUGAAAGACAAAGUCUUUUGUGAAUUAUUCCCUGAAGUCGUGGAGGAAAUUAAACAGAAACAGAAAGCCCAAGAUGAACUCAGUAGCCGACCCCAGGCUCUCCCCUUACCAGAUGUGGUUCCAGAUGGGGAAACACACCAUGGUCAGAACGGGCUUCAGCUCCUCAAUGGGCACGCGCCAGGGGCUGGGCCACACCUCGCGGGGCUCCAGCAGGCCAACCGGCACCAUGGACUCCUGGGCGGUGCCCUGGCGAACUUGUUUGUUAUAGUUGGGUUUGCGGCUUUUGCCUACACGGUCAAGUACGUGCUGAGAAGCAUAGCGCAGGAGUGAGCCGCGUGCCACGGCUGGCAGAAGUGGUCAAAAACGAGGGACACUGGGCCCGAGCUUGCCACGGGCUGGCUGGACGUGUCGCCGAGCGCAGGGUGGACCUGCCUGACUCCUGGGGUAGCUUUUUAAAAACCUUGAAAAGGAAAACAAAAACCAAAGUGUGUAAUUUGGAUUUAGAGGAGAUGCAAGAUUCUCAGCUCCCUGUCCUCACUCUGGGGUCUGUUGGGGACCAUGGAGCUUGGGUGCCGAGGAGGAGGGGCCUCAUGCUUUGGUUUUAUAGCUUAUCUCCUGUAUCGUCUUUUGGACCUGUUUUAGUAAACCUGUUUUUCAUUUUAUUAGAUUUGGUCACUUAAAAAUACAAAACUCGAUUAUCAAAUACUCUGCGUGCAUUCUUGGUCCAGUGGAGCCCCGGCCCACAGGCAGGAGCGGUUCCCACAGCUGCGCCCGGCUGGCAGGGGCAGGGGGCCUGGCCGUGGGGCCCAGGGGCUGGCCAGGGGCAGCCACAGGUGGGGGCCAGGAGAUGUGGGGCUUUGGGCCUCAGCAUUUGAAAUGUGUUUGUGUUCAGUGGGAAGGAGCAGUCCUCGCAGAGUGGGUUGUCGAGGUGAAGCUGACAUUCAGCGUCUGUUGCUUCCUGACCACAAGGUGGCACCCCUUCCUUGGAGAGCCACCACGUCGCGUCCCGCGUGGUCCCUAAGGCGGCCGCCCCUUUACCUUCCUCCCACCCCUUUACCCUCCUCCCGCCCUCGCCUCCACACCCAUGCCAGGCCGGGCCUCCCGCGGCCACCUCCAGGCUCCCAGUGCCCGCAGGACAUUUCCUCUGACCCCCAGCAGCCCCCCGGGGUCCAUACCUGACAGGCAGGUUCUGUGCACGUCGGGGCUCCCCUCACACUUGGUCCAGAUGUGUGCUUUACCCUAAAGGUAGGCUCCCGUGUUCUUCCCGCAGCUGACCCGUGUCCGGUGUGGGCUCUGCCCUGGAAGGCCACACAUGGACUGGGCAUCCCAGGAAGGACGGGGCCGGCGGGGUGGACACGGCUCCUGGGCUGCUGACCUCUCCGGCAGGCGCCCGUGUGAGGAUUCUCACUCCGCGUCCGUUGAGAUCGCCGUGUCUGCGGCUCCCGGGCCUCGAGUGUGGCCGUGCACUCGUGCAGCUUCCACAUUCUUUGCUUUUUGAUCUGUUUAUUUAAAAUUGCUCUACAGUUUACCACUCGUGUGUAUUUAACCCACUCUUGUGAAAAAACCUUUCAUUAUAUCUUGUUCCUAAA